GCUGCCCCGUCCCCCGUGGUUCUGCGCACGCGCGGGGGCCAUACUAGCAGCGGGCACUCAGGUGCGGUUGUGCGCUUUCUCCGGCGGGUAAGGUGUUCAGGUGCGGAUCUCGGCUCUUUAGUGUCUCCUGUCCGGAAUUAAAGUACAGAAAACAUGUCUCGAAGAUAUGACUCCAGGACCACUAUAUUUUCCCCAGAAGGUCGCUUGUACCAAGUUGAAUAUGCCAUGGAAGCUAUUGGACAUGCAGGCACCUGUUUGGGAAUUUUAGCAAAUGAUGGUGUUUUGCUUGCAGCAGAGAGACGCAACAUCCACAAACUUCUUGAUGAAGUCUUUUUUUCUGAAAAAAUUUAUAAACUGAAUGAGGACAUGGCUUGCAGUGUGGCAGGCAUAACUUCUGACGCUAAUGUUCUGACUAAUGAACUGAGGCUCAUUGCUCAAAGGUAUUUAUUGCAGUAUCAAGAACCAAUUCCUUGUGAGCAGUUGGUCACAGCACUGUGUGAUAUCAAACAAGCUUAUACACAGUUUGGAGGAAAACGUCCCUUUGGUGUUUCAUUGCUUUACAUUGGCUGGGAUAAACACUAUGGCUUUCAGCUCUAUCAGAGUGACCCUAGUGGAAAUUAUGGGGGAUGGAAAGCCACAUGCAUUGGAAAUAAUAGCGCUGCAGCUGUAUCCAUGUUAAAACAAGACUACAAAGAAGGAGAAAUGACUUUGAAGUCAGCACUUGCUUUAGCUAUUAAAGUCCUAAAUAAGACCAUGGAUGUUAGUAAACUUUCUGCUGAAAAAGUGGAAAUUGCCACACUAACAAGAGAGAAUGGGAAGACAGUCAUCAGGGUCCUCAAACAAAAGGAAGUAGAACAGCUGAUCAAAAAACAUGAGGAAGAAGAAGCCAAAGCUGAGCGUGAGAAGAAAGAAAAAGAACAGAAAGAAAAAGAUAAAUAGUAGAAAAAGUCAGGGAUUUUAUCAUUCAUUUGGGGUACCAUUUCAGUGUAAAAGCUGUCCUACUCUUCCACAUUGAGAAAGCUUUGACUUUUUUUAACUUGUGUAGUGGUAAAAUAGGAUGGUACCAGCUGAAUUGGGUCAUUAUUUCUGUCCAGUUGAACAUUGUAAUAAUGAUUACUCUUCAUGGACAUAUUUAGACUCUGCCCCUCUUCUUCUUUGGAAUAAAACUUGGAAAGACUAGAAAUGGCGAGGGAAAAAAUUCUGUGUAGCAAUAUUUAUUAAAGAUACCAGGAUUAACAGA